UCGCCAUCUUGCUCAUUGAUACCACUGGCGCUAUCGCGCAAUAUUCGUUUUACCUGAGAACACCCUCUUAAACGCUUCCGAAGCUUCUUUCCACUAUGAAUAGGCCAGGUCCUGGCCAACAGCAGUUGCGGGGGAUGUCAGGCUUCCCCACCCAGCAACAGCCCCAAACACGAACCACAAAUCCGUCAUUAGCUUCUACGCGCCUCCCAAAUGGGACGGGUGCCAACUGGGGAUUCGGGUUGCCAAUGGGGGGUGCACCCGGGUUACAAAGUAGCCAGCAAAGGACUGUGAAUACCAUGAACAGCUUUGCACAAGGCAUAAGUGGAUCUCAACCAGCAACACCAUUAGACCUCUCCGAAUUCCCCUCCCUCUCUAGUGUUCCGCAACAAUCUCAAUCUUCAGCUUCUGGGCAAGCUACUUGGGCCAACGCUAGCCAGCGAGUAAAUCAGCAAAGUGCCAUCCAAAGACAGUCGCAAACACCUACGACCCAGCCGCCAUCUCGAGUUUCGCAAACCCAACCGCAGUCACAAUCACAUGCUUCUCACGAAGACCUUUUUCCCUCCGCAGCACAAUUCGCAGCACAGCUAGAUGACUUCAGGAAUGGAGGCCAAGGCAUAAGUGGUCAGCUUUCAAGCACUCAACCUCAAACAGGAAAUAUUGACGAGUUCCCACCAUUAGGGAGAAAUGCGCCAGCGGACAUUGGCCAGGAAAGACGAGCAAGCCUUCUUCAGUCCGGAGCCUUUGGUAACUACGGAGGCGGGAUGGCCUUUCCUAACCUCAACCAGAGCCAUUCUGGCCAGGCUCGUACCUUACCCGGAAAUAUGGUUAAUGGACAGCAAGAUAGCAGGAUCAUAUCUCCAGGCGCAGGCGGGUCAGGUGUCAUCUCGGCAUCUAGAUCUCCUAUGGGCCAGGUACAGAAUGGCGGACUUUCCCAGGAGAAAGAGGAUCUCGGAUCUUCGUCUACACAGCGAUCUAUUCGGCCAGAGGCAUACUCAGACCAACAAAGCCAAGCGGUCAUACAACCGCCACCCCAAAGUCGUCAACCAAAAUCCAGUAGCUUUGGGGCCGACGGUCAGGAACAAUCACUACAAGGACAAUCCUCUGAGCAAAGCCCACUCAGCCAGAUGCCUGAUCGCGAUAGGUUCGGGCUUCAAGGGCUUCUGACUUUGAUACACAACGAAAAUCCUGACGUUGCUGCUCUAGCUGUCGGACAAGAUUUGAUGACUCUUGGCCUGGAUCUAAAUCAUCCAGAACCGCUUCAUCCAUCUUUUGCUUCUCCGUUUAUUUCGUCAAAUUCAGCGGUGCCACUCCAAGUGGAUUACACCUUACCAGCUUGCUAUAAUGUUGCCAAUGUCCAACCACUGCAAACCCGUAUCCCUAGCUUUAGCGACGAAACGCUUUUCUAUAUAUUCUAUAGCAUGCCCAGGGAUAUCAUGCAGGAGCUUGUUGCAGAAGAACUCAUGGGCCGGAAAUGGAGAUACCACAAAGUGGAGCGCGCAUGGUUGACUAGAGAUGACGCAUACCCAAGUCCUGUUGAGGUUGAGCGAGGGCUCAGUGAGCGUGGCUUCUACCUCUGGUGGGAUCCUUCGUCCUGGAAGAAAGUCAGGCGCGAAUUCAUUCUCCGAUACGCAGAUUUGGACAACCAUCUCGAAAGAAGAGGUUUCGUUCAAGGGGUUACUUUCCCUCAAAAUGUUUGAUGGGCAAGUUCUUCGAAACAUUUCUUAACGAAAUGGGCUUGCACAUGGCAAUAGUUUCAGCGACAUUCGUCCUCAAAUGUCAAGCACAGCUACCAUUGAUUGGCAUGUCACGAUUAUAAGUAGCAUAACAACAAAAUGGGAUAGAUAUAGAAUGAUAGGGAAUCUAUUAUCUAUUUUCAUGACAUCUUGCC